AUGGCGCCAAAACUCUCAGAAGAGGAGAUCGACGACCUGAUCUACUUCUCCCGCGCCGGCGAGCUCUCCGACCUGCAGGAGACCCUCAAGGCCCUGUCGGAGCGCGAGGCCGCGUCCGUCGGCGAGGUCAUCACAGCCGCCAAGGAUGAGGGCAAGAAUACCUGCCUACACAUGGCCGCGGGCAACGGCCACAUCGACGUCGUUAAGGCGCUGAUCGAGGCCUUCGAGCCCCGCCCCGCUGACGAAAAGAAGACGUACGUCGACGCUGCCAACGAGUUUGGCAACACGGGCCUGCACUGGGCGUGUCUGGGCGGCCACCUCGAGCUCGUCAAGCUUCUUGUUGACAACGGCGCGUCGCCUGCGAUUGCCAACGACAAGGACCAGAUCCCGCUUGACUCGGCGCUUUUCAACGGCAAGAGGGAGGUUGCGGAUUGGUUCCUGGCGCAGUCUGGAGGCUUGGAGAGUGGAAACCAGGAGGGUUUGGAGAGUGCGGCGGCGACGGUUGAGAUUGAGGAUGAUGGAGAGGAGAAGACAAAGGAUAGUGAGAAGGAUGAGAGUAGCAGGGCUUCAUAG